UGUGGGACUGGGGGCAGGGGGUUCAGGGAAGGGUGUUAGACUCUGGAACAGGUGGUCUGGGCCCUUGCCUGGGAAGCUCUUGGUAGAAGGAGCUGAACUGAGGUUGGGGGUGAGGAGAUGAGGUGUAUGUGUUGGAGGGUCUUGUCUACUUUGGGGAAGAAGAUGCCUGCAUUUCACAGCCCAGGUUCUCAACCGAUUGACCAUUUCCUCUGCUUUGCUGACCUUUGCCCCUUGGGCUCAACAAGGGGCUGAUGCCUGUGACAAGAGCCCUUCUCUUCCUCCCUCUAAGAGAGCCUGCAGGCUUUCCCCGCUUGAGGGUUCUGUUUGGGAAGCUGGAUAGGACUGGUCUGUGGAGAGUGAAAAGCCAGUCUUGGGUUGCUACUUAGUGAUGGGGUGGAUCUUGGCCCAGACAGGGUGGAGAGUGGGAGGGGGCUCUGAGACAUGGGGUGGGUAGUUCUUAGGUAGUUUCUAGAGAUCGGGGUAAAGUUUGGAGGGGAUGAAGGAGGGGAAGGGAUGGGGAAUGGUGAGAAUCCAGGACCUGAAUUCCCAGCCUGGCCAACCCUUGCAGCCAUAUCAGCCCUCAAGAAGAGCAGGGGCUCUUUGAGGGGCUCCUUGGGGCCAGCAGGGCUGGGGGAGUUGGGGUGGCCCGAGGCUCUUUUCUGGUAGAGCCUUGGUUCCCUAGCUCCACCAUCUAUCCCUGCUCAAUAGAACUCCUGGGUGCUAAAUGGCAGGAGCCCUGGGGUGUCCCAUCUGGGUAUGGCUGGCUGGGUCACUAACCUCUGUGAUCUGCUUCCUCCCCCUGCAGAUCAUGCGAAUCAAACCUCACCAAAGCCAGCACAUAGGAGAGAUGAGCUUCCUACAGCACAACAGAUGUGAAUGCAGACCAAAGAAAGACAGAACAAGGCUAGAAAAAAAAUCAGUUCGAGGAAAGGGAAAGGGGCAAAAACGAAAGCGCAAGAAAUCCCGGUUUAAGUCCUGGAGUGUUCACUGUGAGCCUUGCUCAGAGCGGAGAAAGCAUUUGUUUGUCCAAGAUCCGCAGACGUGUAAAUGUUCCUGCAAAAACACAGACUCGCGUUGCAAGGCGAGGCAGCUUGAGUUAAACGAACGUACUUGCAGAUGUGACAAGCCAAGGCGGUGAGCCAGGCAGAAAGGAGCCUCCCUCAGGGUUUCGGGAACCAGACCUCUCACCAGAAAGACCGACUAACUAUGUCGCCGCCACCACACCGUCAUCGUCACUGUUGUCACCAACGACAGAACAGUCUUUAAUCCAGAAAACCCGACAUGAAGGAAGAGGAGACUGCGCAGAGCACUUUGGGUCCGGAGGGCGAGACUCCGGCAGAAGCAUUCCCGGGCGGGUGACCAAGCACGGUCCCUCGUGGAAUUGGAUUCUUCAUUUUCUUUUUUUUGCUGCUAAAUCACCAAGCCCGGAAGAUUAGAGAGUUUUAUUUCUGGGAUUCCUGUAGACACACCUACCCACAUACAUACAUUUAUAUAUAUAUUAUAUAUUUUUAUUCUUUUUUUAAAUUAACUUUGCUAAUGUUAUUGGUGUCUUCACUGGAUGUAUUUGACUGCUGUGGACUUGAGUUGGGAGAAGAAUGUCCCUACUCGGAUCCUGACAGGGGAGAAGAUGGAAUGAGAGACUCUGGUGUGGAGGCCGAGGAACUCUCCCCUGCCAGGGAACAUGCAAGGCCAGGGCACGGGGGCACAUUCGGCUCACUUCCAGAAACAUGACAAACCCAUCCCUGGCCCUGAGUCAAGAGGACAGAAUGACAGAUACAGAGACAAGGAUGCUGGCUCCCCCCAGGAGUUUGGGGAGCCUCAGGACACUUCAUGCUUUGUGGACCCCCGCUAUAUGCUGCAAAAGCAUCUUGCCCCUAGGGGCACUGCCUGAAAGAAUCAGGAGCCUGGCCAGCCCUCAGCUGCUCUCGUCCGCUUCCAAGGCUCCCAGGAGGCCUUCCAUAGGUGUUUUGGCUAAAGAGAAGAGACGCUGGUAGAAGUCAAGGCCUGGUGACAGCUUCUCCUGGGAACCCCUGGUCUUCUCCCUGCCCUACUUCCUGGGUACAGCCCAGGAGGACCUCAUGUACUCAGACCAUUGAAACCACUAGUUCUGUCCCCAGGAGACCUGGCUGUGUGUGUGAGUGGCUAACCCUCCCCCAUCCCAUCCCAUCCCUUCCCGAGGCACAGAGCAGUGGGGCUGGACCCACAUGCCCCUCACGGAGGCAGAGAAAAGAGAAAGUGUUUUAUAUACGGUACUUAUUUAAUAGCCCUUUUUAAUUAGAAAUUAAAACAGUUAAUUUAAUUAAAGAGUAGGGUUUUUUUCAGUAUUCUUGGUUAAUAUUUAAUUUCAACUAUUUAUGAGAUGUAUCUCUUGUGCUCUCUAGCUCUCUUAUUUGUAUUGGAUUUUUUGUGUAUGAAAUCCAUGUUUCUAAUCUCUCUCUCCCUGAUUGGUGACAGUCACUAGCUUGUCCUGAGACGAUAUUUAAUUUUGCUAACACUCAGCUCUGCCCUUCCCUUUUCCCCACCACACAUUCCUUUGAAAUAAGGUUUCAAUAUACAUUUACAUACUAUAUAUAUAUUUGGCAACUUGUGUUUGUAUAUAAAUAUAUAUAUAUAUAUAUGUUUAUGUAUAUAUGUGAUUCUGAUAAAAUAGACAUUGCUAUUCUGUUUUUUAUAUGUAAAAACAAAACAAGAAAAAAUAGAGAAUUCUACAUACUAAAUCUCUCUCCUUUUUUAAUUUUAAUAUUUGUUAUCAUUUAUUUAUUGGUGCUACUGUUUAUCCAUAAUAAUUGUGGGGGAAAAAAAGAUAUUAACAUCACGUCUUUGUCUCUAGUGCAGUUUUCCGAGAUAUUCCGUAGUACAUAUUUAUUUUUAAACAACAACAAAGAAAUACAGAUAUAUCUAAAAAAAGCAUUUUGUAUUAAAGAAUUGAAUUCUGA